AUGAUUGUACUCAACGGAACAAUCACGAAUAAUUCAAAUUGUACACAAUAUUUGUCGGUCUACACCAGUUUUGUGAACUGUACUGUUAAAUGUGGACAAGACGAUAACUGCCAGUUAUGCUUUUGGGUUUCGAAAUCGUGUUAUCGAUGCGGGUAUGGAGCGGUAUCGUCUUUAACGAGAGUUCAAAUUGGGAGAACCUUCGGGCUAAAGGUACAUCCACCUUUGACGUGUUAGUUAAACUCCUUUUGAGAAAAUAAUAAUGUAUAGCAUUGUAUAUGCCGAACAUAGUCAGAAAGGAAUGAAACAGGUUUCAAAUGAUUCAGACAAUUAUAAAAGAGAAAGGUGCUCAGUUCUUCGGCUUCCCAAUUUGAACGAUGUCUCAACUUCAAAAGGACACCGUUCAUCUACUCAAUCUGAAUACAAAUUGGAGAAAACCACCCCAACUCCCAAAAGAUUCGGAUGUCCUCAAAAUUUUCAACUAUUUCAAAGACCCAAUAUUGCUUGGUGCAUUGCAGUAGUUGUAAACUUCAAUUAUUGGUAUGUUACUAAAAAUACUGCAAUCAAUAUAUGCAAAAACUUUGGUGGUCAGUUAUCAGGCCCGGCUAGUCUGGACGAAAAAGUAUUUAUUCAAAGCGUGGCAAAAUAUAUUUUCAACUCAUCCCCGAGAGACUUAACUGGAAAUGGAAUGGGAAUUUAGAUGGAUGGAACUCGGAAAACCGAGUGUGUUGACGACAAACUUUCAUCCAAGUCUUUGAACUGUACUGGAAUAAACGCGUUUGAAUUCAAAGUUCCGUACCUGAACUAUUUCAAAUUCGAAUGGAAUGCUGGUGAGCCAAGAGGGGAGAAGUGCCUGGAAAUUACUAAUUUUUCAAAUGAAACUGAUCCUCGUAAUGGAAAAAUAUCUACUAUCAAGUAA